AUGUCGCUACCAUUUACAGGACGUAUUUCACGUUCUGGAGGAUUGGUCGCAGCUAUUUCCAAUCAAGUUAAAAAGAUGACUUUGAAGCCGACGAAAAAAAUCACUGUGCAAUUUGAUCCGUUCCACGAGAAAGCCCGACCGAUCAGGGAAUUCCUAUUCAACGUAUCGGCUGCUAAAGUCACAAAGACUAAUCUGUCGUGUAUCCUAAAGACCAACAUCGUCUGUGACAGAUCAGAGCCCACUGUCACGUGUGAUCUAGCUAACGGCGAAAAGGUCCUGUUCAAGUGCGAAAAUUUAGAUACUUUGGAUAUAUUAACACUGUACAACAAACACAUAACAUCGCUAGCACCUCCUGAGGUCGAGACCGAGACUAAGAAAAGUUAUAAAAGGAAGAAAUCUAGUAAACGCAAGAAGCUAAGAAUAAGCCGUCACAGAAGAUAAAUUUUUACUAUUAUUAUUACUAUUAUUGGUAGUUUGUUUUGUUUUGUUUUUUUACAUACGAGAAAUUUUUUAGUUUAAAACUUUUGCAAAAUGUCAGGCCGGGAAAGAAACAGAAAAAAAGAAUAUAGUCUCGAAUUAAUAGAUACUUUAUACAGUCAUGUUCCAGCAUUUACUGAUAUAUUUGAUGAAGAAACUUGGUACAUUUUUGUCAGUUGCUUUGUUGCCGGUACUCUGGUUGUCGUAUUUAUUCUCUCAAGAUUUAUUACUAUCAAACCGGUUGAUUAAUAAUAAAAAUAAAACUAACAAUAACAAUAAUAUUAACAGUAAUAUUGAAGUAAAAAUAAAAAGAUUGAAUGAUUUAUCUAUGGAAAUUGUAAAGAUUUAUGAAUAACAAUUGUUUAAAUAUUA